AGCUGCCAUUGCAGUUCGAGUUCCGUCGUCGAUCGUUGUGCUUUCGUGGUGGAUGCCGUGCGCGAGACCGGCCGCGAAUUAUCGCUUUUUUGGAACCAUCCGGGGCUGGGAAUAGCAUGCGAAUGUUGAGGCUCAAGCAGGAAAUCAUGGACGACGACGAAAAGGGGAAACUUUUCGUCGGAGGAUUGUCGUGGGAAACCACCCAGGACAACCUUCAAAGAUACUUUUCGAGGUACGGCGAAGUAAUAGACUGCGUGGUGAUGAAGAACGCGGAAUCUGGCAGGUCCAGAGGCUUCGGCUUCGUCACGUUCGCCGAUCCGGCAAACGUCAACGUCGUACUGCAAAACGGACCGCACACGCUAGACGGAAGAACGAUCGAUCCUAAACCGUGCAAUCCUAGAACCCUACAGAAACCGAAAAAGGGCGGUGGCUAUCCCAAGGUGUUCCUGGGGGGUUUACCCUCUAACGUGACCGAGACAGAUUUGAGGAGCUUUUUCACGCGAUUCGGCAAGGUGAUGGAGGUGGUGAUCAUGUACGACCAAGAGAAAAAGAAAUCCAGAGGUUUUGGCUUCCUGUCGUUUGAAGAUGACGAGUCGGUUGACAGAUGCGUCGGCGAACAUUUUGUCAACUUAAACGGAAAGCAGGUGGAAAUUAAGAAAGCAGAACCCAGAGACGGUUCAGGGGGCAACAAAAUGGGCGCGAACGACGCUUCGUCAGCCUGGGGACCCCCGCAGGCCCCCAUGGGCAUGAUGCAAGGUCCCAACGGACAGAUGGGCGGACCCCCCAUGAACAUGGGUACUCCGAUGGGUCCCAACAUGAACCAAGGCUAUUUGGGUUGGGGAACGUCUCCGCAACAGCAGUACAACGCCGGCUACGGUACGCCUUCGGGCCCCGGGUCCUACCAGGGCUGGGGAGCUCCGCCGGCGCCUCAAGGGCCUCCACCUCAAUGGGGUAACAGUUACGGCGGUCCCCCGGCUCAGCAAGGAUACGGCUCGUACGGCAGUGGCGCCGCCUCCUGGAACAGCUGGAACAUGCCGCAAAACAGCGGCUCCUCAGGCCCCUCCGGCUACAUGGCGGGCGACGUGUACUCGCGCGCCGCCGGCCAGUCCGCCGGCGGCACGCCCUCCGGACCGCCCGGCACCGGUCCCAGCGGCGGCUCCGCCUCCAAGCCUGGCAGCGACUACGGCCCCGCCUCCUACGGCUCCGCCUACGGCAGCUACGGCGACUACCAGGGCAGGAGCGCCGCCCAGUACUCGGACACGGGCGCGGCGGGCGGCUACAGCAGCCAGCCGCCCGGCGCCGGCGCAGGAUCGGAAUUCUGUCAGAGUCCGGCACUGGAGUGGGUUUUUACGUGACCGCAGAGACGGAUCCAGCCCGCUUAACAAAAAUAAAUUCUCUAGGAAAUUCAAUUCUUUGUAGAAGUGUUUUUUUUUCUUUAUUAUGACAAUCCAAAAUAAUAGUUAUAGAACAUGUAUUGUUAUUAGACCAAAAAUAAUGAACUUUCUUAUGCGGUGGGUGUAUCUAUUAUGAUUUGCUGUAAAUAAAUACAACACAAGUAUUUAGACGUUUAAAAAAAACUUGAUAUUAAAGCUAUUAUAUACGUGCACAUUUUUUUUUCACUUUGAACGAAUCUAGUUAAUAGAUGGGGCGUGUGGAGUAUAAAAAAAUAUUUUAUUUAUCGGAAAAUUUUAUUAAAACCCCUAAAAUCAUAUAUAUACCACACGAAUAUAUUAAUAUACAUGCAUACUUAUUAUAUAAUUUUACUUUAGAUGUAUAAUAGGUUUUAGAGUAAAGUCUCUGUUUUAAGUUUGAUUUUUUGUGUCAAAAACGAGGAUAUAAACGGUAAUUUUAAGUAAGAGGAAAUUUUUGAUUAAGAAAUAAAAUAGUUAUUAUCAUUAUUAUUAUCGACCUUGUUAGUGUAAAGAAUUAAAGAGAGUAAAACAUACUAGUUGAAGUAAGAUCCAAAUUUGACUGAUGUACAGCGAAACAAUAACAUAAUAUAUUUAAAUUACUUGAAUAAGUUUUAAAUUAUACUCUUAAAGAUAUGAAUUCGAUGAUAAUUACUUAUUAAAGUUUAAUUGCCGAAAACAAAACUUAAGAGAUGAAGACGAAGGCCUUUUUAUUAAUAGUGCAAUUUUUGAUGAUGUAGCGAAAUAGAUUUUAAGUGAAAAAGAGUGAAAUCGGUCAGGGGAGAGACAUAUUCUUGGUGGUAUAAAAUGGUGUGGGUUUACGUCGAUGCCUUAUGAAGAUUUGCAAUGUUGCUGUGUUGUCAAUAUUUAAAUUUAUUUUAAAAAAUUACUAAGUUUGAAUUUUGUGAGUUUUUCUCUGAAUUAACUACAAACAAAUGAUUCUUAGGUACAGGAUGUCUUAUGUCCUCUGUAUAUUGCGAGCCUGUGAAGUUUUUUGGCGAAAAAUUUGUUAAAAUUUGCGUUUUUGUGACAUUUUCGAGAAAUUAAAAAGCUUUUAGAGUUGCAGGUUCAUCCUCCCAAAAUUUCUUGACGGUGUCACAA